UCUACCCGAAUCAAUCCGAUCAAUUAGGGGAUGAGAAGGGUUGGUCGUGUUGUUACCCAGUUCGUUUAGAACACAAAAUCCGAUCAAAUUCACUCGCUCACAAACUCAGCUCCGCAAAACCAAACAAAGAACGAUCAAACCAGUUAUCAUAUCAGCAAACCCAUUCCUUCCACGUCCUUAUCAAAGCCACAACAUUUUGAACCUAUUCUUUCAUUAUCAUCAUCAUGCCUUCUAUUGAAAUCUCUCUUUCCAGCGACUCUCAUUGUGCCGGUGGAGCCAAUGGUACCAUCGACGGUGGAAGAAGAACGGUUGCCCUUUAUCAAGAACACGCCAUCAAUGAUGGCGACUUGGCAGUGCAUGCAUCCAACCUUUCAUCUACCCAUGGAUACUGCAUCGAGCACAAUGGGCACCACUAUCACGAUAUUAUUCAAGUAAACGAUGAAAUGGAAGACGACGAAGUUCCCAAGGAGAAGGAAGAAGAUUCGAGUAUCUUUCUUUCGAGGACCGGAAAACACAGUAUGGACAAUGGGGUCGUUGGCCACUUUGCAUCUAUGAUCCAAUACAACUUUGCAAGCAGAGCAACCAUGGGAGACACGACCGACAUCAGAAGACGAUUGCCUGUGCACUUUGUGGAGCACAGAAUGUAAUUCGAACAAGAAAGGAAACAUGCAACAUCGAACCUCUUCCGCACAUCCUCUGUCACUUUAAAGCCUACUACAUAAUACACUUUUAAAUCGUCAAUUCUCUUAGCACCACUUUCCUCAUUUAGAUUUGUUGUUGAGCUCAUAUUGGUUGAAGAUCCGACGGACCA